UAUCACCCGCUCUCGAGCCUAUUCGGGAAACCCCCGACACGCUUGUCGAGUCUCGACCUCCUCCAGUGGCACCACUGCUCGCGUUUCGCACCGUUUCAGGCGUAUCCAGCUCGCAUUUAGGCUUGGAAUUCGUUCAGAUUCCCCUGAACGAUCUGCAUAUCUACGAAUCCAUGGCCAUGAGACCAGUUGUUUCUUACGACGACAUCACGACACCGGGACCCCCUUCGACUGCUCAGGCGAACGUUCGGCCGCCCGCAGCUCAGGGACCACCGCCGAAGAAACGCAAGGUCAAUGGCGGUCCAAGAAACUCAAACCCGCGAGGCGGCCAAUACCCGCAGCAUUGGGAUGAACCCGAAACGAGCGCGCCACAGAUGACUUACGAUGAUGGCGAAGGUGAGGCCCCAGCCGAUACGCACAUGCAAGAUGCGCUGGAAGAAGGGGAAGAGGAAGAAGAAGAAGAGAGCAGAGAGCUCACGCAUGAAGAUAUUUGGGACGAUUCUGCUUUGGUGGAUGCGUGGGACUCUGCGAUGGCAGAGUAUGAGGCAUACCACGGUAAAGGCGGUAAGUGGAAGGAGGGGCCCGUAAAGAAGUCUCCGUUAUGGUACAACGUACCACCCGCAACGUCGGGUAAAACGUCAAAGGGCAAGGCCAAAGCAGAGGGUGGGAUCUCCACUGCUGCUCCCGUCUUCGGAAAUGGCGACGCGCACGCAGACAAGGCCGUGAACGAAGACUCCAUGCCGCACAACUUCGACACAUUCGUCCCUACGCACGACCCCUCCCUCGCCGUAGGAAAUGGUGCGCCUGGAUCAGAUUACGCAACGUAUGCGCUGCCCGAAUCCGGGGCCAUGGUCAGUCAGGACGAAGCAUUCUCGCGCGCAGUCAACGCAAUGUAUUGGAGCGGGUACUGGACCGCCGUGUACCAUGUGAGCAGAGGACCGAUGUAGAGGAAGAGGUUGCCGAAGGUGAGGACACGGGUGAAGGCGACCAAGAAGAGGGUUUGCUUUCAACGCAACGGUAAAAGUGAUCUCGAUUGUGAUGAUGAGCCGCCUCAAUAUUGGAGUCUGUACGCAUCUAUGCAAUUGUUUCGUUUCGGUGUUCUGCGUCGCUAUCCGAUUUGGAGCCCACCGUUGUUUUGUGGUGAAUCGUGAACAGAGCGC